CUUAACCCCUUUGCGCCGGCCGCACACAAAUGUGCAGCCUCCCGGCGUCUGGGCCUAGACGCCGAGCGGCUGCACAUUUGCGUUCAUGUAGCAAAAAACGUAUGUGCUGAGAGCGCGCGCCCUGCGCGCUCCCAGCACACUUGUGGUAUUCACGGAAAGGUCCCGGUCCGCUCUUUCGAUCGGGACCUUUCCCGAUCAUGUGACCGCCGUGAUGACGCGUCACGGUGGUCAUGCUUCCUAAACCCCGCCCAGCGGCGUCUGAAACUCUUAAAGGGCCGGGAGGCGCCGGCGGGAAGGGGUUAAGGAGUAAACAUUAACAAUAUAACAAUGGGGUGGUAAGGGCUCUUUCCACUUC